AAGGAUUGACGCACGCGCUGAUGCACCCGCUCUGUUUCAAUCAGCGACGGACGACGACGCAUUCAGGAUCUGCGACGACACCGCUCUCCGUCGCCACCGUUUCCCCAUCCCAUCCAGCCCAGCAGCCGCCUUCUUCCCUGUAAACAGCUAGCUCCUCGCCAGUCGGGCGCGCUCCGCAUCCCGCCGACCGCCUGCCUGCCGUCCGUGCAUCGAGGAGAGUUUGGGGGACCGGCCGGCGCGGAAGGGACCGACACCCCCCCCCCCCCCCCCCCCGCGGGAGGUGAUUGGUUCUGUCUUUGCUACCGUGUAACCGUUUCGUCUGGGGAUUUCUUCUGAUUUUAACUGACGGGGAAAGUAGAGGGAAUGGAUGAGUGGCUCGUGUAAGCAGUUUGACUUCACAUGGCUUCGGAAUCAGGGGACGGCAACUGCGAUGCUUGGGCAGCGAGAGAUCCCUCUGGGGUUCUCUCACCAUACAAGUUUAGCCGCAGGGCAGUGCAAAGCGGCGAUGUCUCAUUGAAGAUCACACACUGUGGAGUCUGUUAUGCUGACGUUAUUUGGACACAAAAUAGGCACAAUGAUUCGAAAUAUCCUUUGGUUCCUGGGCAUGAGAUAGCUGGAGUUGUAACUGAGGUCGGUUCAGAUGUCAAAGGCUUUAAAGUGGGUGACCAUGUAGGUGUCGGAACCUAUGUGAACUCAUGCCGAGAUUGUGAGAAUUGCAAUAGCUCUCUAGAGAACCACUGUCCAAAAUCAGUUUUUACUUUCAAUGGCAUUGAUACAGAUGGCACUGUCACAAAGGGGGGUUACUCCACGCACAUUGUAGUCCAUGAAAGGUACUGCUUCAAAAUACCAGAUGGCUACCCUUUGGCAAAGGCAGCACCUCUUCUAUGUGCUGGAAUCACUGUGUACACUCCAAUGAUGCGACACAACAUGAAACAACCUGGAAAAUCACUAGGGGUCAUUGGACUAGGUGGGCUGGGUCACAUGGCAGUGAAAUUUGGUAAAGCCUUUGGUCUUAAGGUCACAGUUUUCAGUACAAGUGAAUCAAAGAGAGAGGAAGCCAUCAACCUCCUUGGAGCAGAUAAUUUUGUUAUAUCAUCAAACACACAGCAGAUGGAGUCCCUGAAAAACUCUCUCCACUUCAUAGUUGACACUGCUUCCGGUGACCAUCCAUUUGAUCCAUAUCUCUCACUCCUAAAGGUUGGUGGUGUGAUGGCAAUAGUGUGCUUUCCAAGUGAGAUCAAAGUGCAUCCUGCAAGCCUUAAUCUUGGUGCACGGACCUUGUCUGGUAGUAUUGUUGGAGGUACAAAAGAUAUCCAAGAAAUGGUUAACUUCUGUGCAGCGAACAAAAUCUAUCCAGAGAUUGAGAUCAUCAAGAUAGAUUAUAUCAAUGAGGCUCUCACAAGGCUUGUUAAUCGAGACGUGAAAUACCGCUUCGUAAUCGACAUUGAGAACUCCUUCAAGUAGCAUGUCUCAUUCCCAUGCUCUCGUCUGUCUGUCUGUCGAUGUCCAAAAAACGUAAUGUAAUGCUGCGUUGCAUUUGCAUUGUUCCUAGUGUGUGCUGUGUGGCUACCUGCUCCCUCCUAUGUACGUUAUGUACGUUUUUUUUUUGAAACGAAGUCCUAUGUAGGGUUAGCGUUGUCAACUCUGCAUAGUAUAAAGAAUCGGCGGCGACGCUGUACUUGGUGUGACAUCGUUGUAACUCUUGACAUUUGGAUGCAUGGGAAUACAGCCAAGCACCAUAUAUGGUA